CUGCCAUGCGCAAGACGGGAUCACAACAAGAAUACGUGAUUGUGGUCAGUUGAUAGCAUACAAAUUGUUCCUGUAACUUUUUCAUGUCAUUCAAGGGCCUGUUGUUCCAUUGAAUAGUAGUGUGAACACUAUUCACAUCAGGGUAGACAGUGAAUGACUUGACGUCGGGCCAGUGGAAUUUGUGUUUCAUGACAUUCAUCUCCUUGACUUUCUACAACCGAAAAUGUCAAAUGCAGCUAGAUGUGGAAGAAUUGCACUUGGACGUGUGAGAGCCAAGACAUCUGGCAUCAGCAUCCAAAGACUACAGAGGUACCUUGCCUCAUCUCAUGAGUCCAGCAGGUGCCUGUCCACUUCCCCGUGUCUUGGGCGCUAUGCCGCCGGCUCUGGCGAUGGGGACAAGACCCCCACUUCGGGGGGGACCACGGGGGGAGGGGACAAAGGAGGGGACAAGAAGGGUUCUGGCCAGCUGAGAUGUCCCAAGUGUGGGGAUCCAUGCACACAUGUGGAGACGUUUGUCUCCUCUACCCGGUUCGUCAAGUGUGAGAAGUGCCAUCAUUUCUUUGUGGUGCUCUCAGAAACAGAUUCAAAGAAAAGCUUUAAGGAUAACAAAGAUGAGCGACUUGGUCAGAAACGGAAACCACCACCUCCACCCAGGAAGAUCUUCGAGUUCCUCGACCGGUUUGUGGUGGGCCAGGACUACGCGAAGAAGGUGCUGGCUGUGGCCGUGUACAACCAUUACAAGCGGAUCUAUCACAACCUCCCAGUCAACACCACCAACAAGCAGAACACCGAGGUUACUGUACAUGACCCAACACGCUACCCAAACACAUUUUCGCCAAGAGACAUGCUGCAUAUUGCUGUGAGUGGCCCUGGGAAUCCACUUGGCCCAAGUCUACAACAGCAACAGCAGCAGCAACAGCAGCAGCAAGAGGAGACAGCCCGCCGCUCCGACAUCCUGGAGUCAACGAGUCAUGAGCUGAGGUUGGAGAAGAGUAAUAUCCUGAUGCUGGGACCCACGGGGUCAGGGAAGACACUGCUAGCACAGACCCUGGCCCGGUGUCUGGACGUGCCUUUUGCCAUCUGUGACUGUACUACCCUCACCCAGGCCGGUUACGUGGGGGAGGACAUCGAGUCCGUCAUCGCCAAGCUGCUUCAGGAUGCCAACUACAACGUAGACAAGGCUCAGCAAGGUAUUGUGUUCCUGGAUGAGGUGGACAAGAUCGGCAGCGUCCCGGGGAUCCACCAGCUGCGAGAUGUCGGGGGAGAGGGAGUUCAGCAGGGCAUGUUGAAGAUGCUGGAGGGGACGGUGGUGAAUGUCCCGGAGCGGAACUCCCGCAAGCUGCGUGGGGAGACAGUGCAGGUGGACACGACCAACAUCCUGUUUGUUGCCUCGGGCGCCUUCAACGGCCUAGACAGGAUCAUCAGCCGGAGGAAAACGGAAAAAUAUUUGGGAUUUGGCGCCAUGUCCAACACCAGCCAGGGCCGUCGCGCUGCUACUGUUGCCGACUUUAAGAACCAGGCCGACGGCGCCACGGCUGUUGCCGAGAACGAAGAGAAAGACGUUCUGUUGCGUCAGGUAGAGGCAAGAGACAUGAUAGAGUUUGGCAUGAUUCCUGAAUUCGUGGGCCGACUUCCGGUGAUCGUGCCCUUCCACAGUCUGUCGGAGGAGAUGCUGGUGGAGAUCCUGACGAAGCCGCACAACGCCCUGGUGCCACAGUACCAGGCCCUCUUCAGCAUGGACAAGGCUCACCUGGACGUGAAGCCCGAGGCGAUGAAGGCUAUAGCUGCCAUGGCCCUGGAGAGGAAGACUGGAGCCCGAGGUCUGCGCGCUAUCAUGGAGUCCAUCCUUCUGGAACCAAUGUUUGACGUUCCUGGCUCGGAUAUUUCCACGGUGAUUCUCACUGACGAGGUUGUCCGCGGAGAGAAGCCAGCAUCGUACGUGCGGUCCCAGCGUGCCCCCACACCCGACAUCGAAGAGGACAGCGGUUACGAAGAGGAAGAACUCAAAGUGCAAAACAGUUGAUGAGGACUGUGAACUGGGGGAACAGCAUUUACCUGUUGUCAGACAUCAAAUUCAGACCAGAUUUCCAUGAAAAUCUUACGGAUGUAAUUUCUGAGUUUUGUCAGAAAGAAAGGAAUGACAAUUCUGCUUCAUUUGGAUCAACUUUACAUUCUUUGACAUGGGUAGUGGGAACAUGAGUACUUCAGAUAAUCUCCGAGGUUUGAGUAAGAUUAAUUACAUUAAGUAAUACGUUACCACUGUUAUACCGAGGCUGUUGUCUCCCAAAACUGCUGCUAUAGCGAAAUCUACCACAGAGAUCUCAAUCACCUCAUGCAGCACGUGCGUAGCCACCUAGCUGCCAUGUGACACCCUUCACUCUUGUCUCUUCGCUUGCUCUAGCAAGACGUACAAUAAACUGCUCAAGCGUUCCUGUUUCUCCGACCAUUCGGUGAUAUUUAUUACUGUUUAUUCUCUCUAAUAAACUGUGCUUUUACGGGGCGUUUGCUGUAACUACGCUUGGAAAUAUUUUUCCCGCCAAAAGGAAAUAUUUUUCCCGCCCUUUUUUUUCUAUAUACUUGCGGGGUGUCUCGUAUGCACGUUGCGUCUUACGUUCCCCUGUUCUAGUAUAUCUUGGGGUUUUUACAUCACUUAUUCCUCUAUAUGUUAUAUGUGUAUGUUCUAUAUUCCCAUUGCUCGUUUAUUUUCUUGUGAAAAUACUCGUUUGUGACUAUUUGUGGUGCGUGUGUUGUAAUCAUGUUUUGCUCUUUGUUCAUAGUACAAACAAAAUGUCUGACAUGGAUGUUUCGCCGUCCUCCACCCCCUCUACCCCCGCAACCAGGAGCUGCGGGGUGUGCCGCAAGCGAGCGCUACCGGCUGUAUGUGCAGUCUGUUUCCACCCCUGUGGUGGCCGGCUCGUCCGGUCGGGGUCCCCUAGCGGGUACCACCACCACGGCUGCGGCGGAUCCCUUGGCGGCCCGUGGGCUGUCCGGGGUUUCCGUCGCUGCAUUACUUGCAUAACUUGUGGACUCCAAGCUGGCGGCCUUAUCUCAGGAUAGGCCGCUGGCUGUUCCGUCCCCGGCCACUUCGGUGGCCGCGGGGUCGGACGCGGGGUCCACC